CUACUGGAGACUCAGUCAGUGAGUCACUCAGAGUCAGUCAGGCCGGUGUACCAGUAAAUCAUAGGUACUCCCUGUGCCUCUCUCAGGACCUCAAACAAGCUGUUCAACAGGGCUCUCUUCCCUUUCACACACUUAUUUGGUCAAGGAAUUUGGGAAGAGAUGGACUUCAUCCUGCCACCCACUCUGCCAGCUGGGGAUAUCCAAUGGGAGAAAAUUUUGCAACCUCUUAUUCCUCGCCUGAAUGGGACUUAUGGACAAUAUAAUUGGUCUCCUAAAUUACUUAUUCCAGAGACUGAUAAUACCAGCUCUGCUGAGGUCAACUGUGAUGACAGGGGUUUCACAGUUCAAGUAGAUGUAAAGGACUUCAACCCACGGGACCUAAUGGUGAAAGUGAUCGGAGACUUUGUAGAAGUUCAAGGAAAGCAUGAAGAGAAAAAGAAGAAUGGUCCAGGAUUGACCACACGGCAGUUUAACCGUCGCUACCGAAUCCCAAAGGGGGUAGACACCAUGGCUUUGGAGUCAGCGGUCUCUCCAGAUGGCAUUCUUAUCAUAGCUGCACCAAUUGUGCAAACCAGAAUCCUUAACUAAUGGAUUCAAUAUCCAACACUCAAUUUCUGUUAUCCUCACUUUGAACUAUAACAAAUACAACAUAAACUUUUAUGCACUCACAAGGAAAACACUUUUUCCCCAUCCAGUCAUAGCAACAUUCAGCAUGUGCCAAAACAUUGGUUUGUUUAGUUCCUGGCACUGUUUAAUAUUCCCUGCUCUCUGAGGUUUGUAUAUACUGCUCUGACUGUAACUCAUGAUUCUUACAUACAGUAAUGUUUCACAGAAUCAUUCUUUGUAAAUAUUCUGCAAUGACAGCUCACUGUGCUGACUUUUUUGUGCAACUUUUGUAAAAUGCACUGUGUAAUGUUUGUGAUUAAUGAUGCACACUAACAUAUCUCUAAGCUCUUUAAUGUGGAAAAUAUUUCGAGAACAAAUAAACUUUAUUUCUUCAUAAAAAAUAAAAACUACUGAGUCAA